AAGCACAUUAUUAUAUAAAAAUUAUCAGUCGAGGAGGCGCAUUCGUGAAAUCAGCUCACCAUGCACAACGUCAACCCGAGCCCCUUGCAGACGGCGAAUGAAAUGGCUCGCUCUCUAACCGAAGGGGCUAAAACUGGAGCCGAACAGCGUCGCGGAGCCCCCCGAGGCACUUAAAUUGAUGUCCAGGAGCCGCUAAAAUGGCUUCGAUUUUCCUUCCAGAUGAUGUGCCCUGUUGGAAGCGUACAUACGACUUCCUUCACAGCUGGAUAGUCUGGUCAAUAGAAUUGGGCUAUAUAUAACGCUGAAUGAGCGCUCCACACACUGCCAACAACACAUUGGCUAUUUCAAGGGAACUACAGACUUGAACAACCGGGUGUGAUAACGCGAUGUUGUUCAUCAUCCUGACAGCAUGCAUUGCGGUGCUGCUCUAUCUUUACCAUGUCAAUCGUGGUAUAAUGGCUGUUCCUGAGGAAGCUCGUCGGACGUGCUCGCACCGCUGGACUGUCGAUGAGAUCAAGGCGGCUUUUGAAAAGGUUGUGAACGCUCCCACCGAUGUAGCCAAAAGUCUUCCUCCGAAGCAACAUAGACGCUAUAUCGUGGUUGGUGGAUCAGGACUCGUUGGAAACUGGAUAGUGUCGCACCUUCUCAUGCGCGGCGAAGACCCAGCCGCUAUCCGCAUCUUGGAUAUCCAGACUCCCCGAUCUGAAGUUCUCGACCAGGGUGUCGCCUUUACCAAGACAAACAUCACCGAUGAGCAGGCCGUCCUGAACGCCUUCUCACAGCCAUGGGACCCAUCCGUCGCUGACCUGCCAUUGACCGUUUUCCACAACGCCGCAGUGAUCCGACCCGGAGAUCGCCUCAAGGCGUUCCUGCCUCUGUGCCGCAACGUAAACGUCGGGGGCACAGUGAACGUGCUCAACGCCGCCAAGAAGUCCGGCGCAACCUGCAUGAUCGCAACAUCGUCUGGCUCUGUCUGUCUCCGCCGAUUCCCGCUCUGGAUCGCCCCCUGGGCAAAGACACCCAAGAACCUCGUCCAAGUGGUCAACGACUCCAGCGAAAUACCCAAGGAGCAUGACGAUUUCUUCGGAAACUACGCCGUCGCGAAAGCAGAAGCAGAGAACAUCGUCCGUUCCGCCGACGACCUCAAAUCCAACUUCCGAACCGGCUGCAUCCGCCCCGUAAACGGCAUCUAUGGUAUCUCUGACUCCGCCGGCAGCGUCAUGGGAAAUUAUCUCCGGAGUGGCGGUGGCCCAACCUGGACCUAUGACGUCAUCCACCACUUUGUCAACGCCGAAAACGUCUCCAUCGCCCACCUCCUCUACGAACAACGUCUGGUCGAACACUCGAACAGCCCGUCCACGCUCCCAAAUAUCGGCGGACAGGCCUUCGCCGUCACAGACCCGAGCCCGCCCAUUUCCUUCGAUGACAUGUACCUUGUCCUCAAGACGUUUGCAAAGACGCCCAUCGUAUUUCCCCAUGUUCCCGUCAUUCUGUUCAUCCUCAUGUCCUAUCCAGUUGAAUGGUACGCUUUCGUGCAGCACCAGUAUCUCCCCUGGCUUCCGAAGAUCACGGGUGAGCUCGCUCAACUGCAGCCGGGACUGUUUGCCAUCUCGAACGCGCACGUCAUUGCCGAUGACUCGCGCGCGCGGCUGUCUCCUGAGAAGGGCGGGCUUGGGUAUAAUCCGCCUAUUACCACGUUGGAGGGAAUGUGUAAAGAGGUCAAGGCGUGGAAUGAGAAGGCGGCUAAGAAGAGUUCUUCUUAGUGUAUAUACAGGAUCGAUGUAUAUGUCAGCUUGUUUACUGUUAGACUAGCAGACCGAUUGGUGGCUGGUCUAUUCUUGCACUAUAUGUAUUCUACUAUAUGUAUGUAC